CACAUGAUGAACAAACAAUUAGAAAUAAAAAAUAAUAAAUCUUAUUUCCUAGCUAUAAAUCUGUUUAUAUGAUGUAUCCUUCUAAUAAAAACUAUCACCUCGUUAAAUAAAAAUAAAACGUUUCUGGUAAAAUAAAAAAGGAUUCUCGGUUUGACAAAUAAGUAAGCAAAACAAUUAGAAAAGGAAUUUUUUUUUAUAUAUGAUAUAUGAUGUUUAUGCAUGAUAUCUUAAAUAACCUAUAUAUUUUACUUUAUUGCCUUAUUGGUAAAGCUUAAAAAAAAAAAAAAAAAAUUCUGUAUUUACUUAUAAAACUGAGACUAUUUUUAUUAAUAUAUAUUAGCGCAACAAUAAAUCAGACGGUUGAGAGGUUCUACGCAAACUGCAAACAUACCCUGCCAUCUCUACACGUGCAGCAUAAAACCCAAACACGUGUUACAACCUCCGUUGAGCCUCUCCACCGCUCAACAGCAACGUGUCUACCCUGACCUCUCCCUAUAAACUUAAGUCCAAAACAAAGAGAAACAAAUUAAGAAACAAUAAAGCAAGCAUUAAUUUCAGGGUGAUCUCGGAGAAGAACAACUGAACAAGAGCCAUGUCCGGAGCACAGGGCGCGCAGCCUAAGGGUUCACUGACUCCGACGACCUACGAGUCAGUUGAGGGCGGAGAGAACAAGACAAAGAUGGAUCCCCGGUCCAAGAAAGACCAGGGCCCUAUCCAGAUAGAUAAGAUUCAGGAUAAGGUUCCUGAUGCCGCCGGCAAGGGUGGCCCAGUCUUCGGUGCCGGCAAGGAUGACAACAAGGACGAUCUCGGCGUCACCGGCACCGGCCCUGCUUAAUAAUAAUAAGAAGAAGAAGAAUACUGUUUGUUCUCUCAUAUAUAUCUGUGUUUCUUGUAUGUAUUUCUUUUGUGUUUUAUUAUGUAAGUUGGUAUUGUAUUUUUUUUUUUUAAUGUUUAUUAUCAAGGUUAAUAUGAGUAAUAUUUUGAGAUAAAA